AUGGCGGAAUCCAACGCGGCGGCCGGUGCAGCUGCUACCAAUGGCAGCUCACACGAGCCACAUGUGAGAGAGCUCGAAUCAGAUAACACGGUGUCUCCGGUCAAACGCAAAGCGGAUGAUAGGGAUGACGACGCCAACGGCGACAAUAAGCGUCGGAAGGGUACGGCUCCUAUCAAGGCGGAAUUUCUCAUCAACGACCACCGCCAAGACCACACAGCAGAUGUGCCCUUACAGGAGCCUGCCGAUGAUGAUGCGGCUGAAGAAUUCCAUCACAAAGAUCGCCAGCCUGCCAGCAACAAUUCAAAGCAGAAGCGUCGGGAGAAGAAUCAAGGUCAGAACAAAGCCCGCAAAUUCGGUAGCUCUCGUGAUGAGGUUUCCUUGUGUGCCUCACGAAACCGCACGAACGAGUUUUCGCCAAAAGACUGCCGUUUCGGCGACAAGUGUAAGUUCGAGCACAACCUGAGAAACUAUCUCGCACGCAAGAGAGACGAUCUCGACACCUUUGGGAAGUUGUGCCCAGUCUUCGAGGUCAAGGGCAAAUGUCCAGUCGGGUGGAAAUGUCUAUUUGUUGGAUCUCACUCCAAGGAGGUUGAGCGCGAAGACGGACGAAAAGAGCUCGUGUUAUUGAGUGAAGACGCUGCCGACGUAAAUGACGGCGGAGAUGAGGACAAUGAGAGCGGCGUGGCCAAUGCUCUGAGCGCACCGCAACGCAUUGCCCUGACCAAGAAGAACUUUCCAACGCCCCGAUCCGACAAGUACCUGCAGUACAUGUCGUCCCUGUCAGACGAGGCACGAACUGGCGAUAGCCGCCCCAAGACCACGCUCCGAAAUUCGUCUUCUCCAGAGCCCGAGGGCCAGCACGAUGAUGCCGACAAGAAGGACAAUGCCGCGAAAUAUGUCGAGCCUGCUCUCCGACCUUCUGAAAAGCGACGUCUCUACUUUGGCCCUGAGACACCUGUUCUUGCACCCCUUACAACUCAGGGCAACCUCCCAUUUCGCCGUCUGUGUACCUCUCUCGGCGCCACCUUCACCUACUCCGAGAUGGCUAUGUCUAUGCCUCUCCUGCAGGGCCAAAAGUCGGAAUGGGCUCUCCUGAAGGCCCACGAGUCUGAAAUCCGCCCACCCACCUUUACUGCCGCCGGACAACCUAACAUCGUCUUCAACUACGACCAGUCCCGCGAUCUGCACUUCGGCGCACAAAUUGCCGCCAACAAGCCGUGGCUCGCUUGCAAGGCUACAGAGAUCCUCACCACUCUCCUUCCUCGUGGACUGCGCUGCGUUGAUCUCAACGUCGGCUGCCCAAUCGAUCUCGUGUACCGCGAAGGCGCCGGAUCCGCACUCAUGGACUCCUCCCGCAAGCUCGAAACGAUGCUGCGCGGCAUGAACUACGUCUCCGGCGAAACACCUAUCACCGUAAAGAUCCGCACGGGCACGAAAGACAAAACACCCACUGCCCACCGCCUCGUCGAGCGCCUCGUGCUUGGCAGUAACGCCUCGCAGCACCAAGCAGCUACGGACCCUUGCGGUGUCGCGGCGAUCACGCUGCAUGGUCGCUCGCGCCAACAGCGCUACACGCGCAGCGCCGACUGGGAAUACAUCUCGAGCACCGCUACACUCAUCAAAUCUCUGAAUGCUCAACGCGAGCGCGAUCUCGACACCAUCCGCGCCGCCGACGCCAGAGAUCAAGCUAAUAGCGCGUCCUCCGACUCGGAGCCCGGCAAGGUCUUCUUCAUCGGAAAUGGCGACAUCUACUCCCCAACCCACUACAACGAUCACCUCGAGCACGCCAAAGUCGACGCCUGUAUGCUCGCCCGCGGCGCCCUGAUCAAGCCAUGGCUCUUCGAAGAAAUCACCUCCAACUCCGGAACCGACAUCGACAAGUCCUCGACCGAACGCCUGCGCUACAUCGAGCAAUUCUGCCGGUACGGCCUCGAAGCUUGGGGAUCCGAUGAGAUCGGCGUUGGUCAGACUCGGCGGUUCCUGCUAGAGUGGUUGAGUUUUGCUUGCCGCUACGUGCCUGUGGGUUUGUUAGAGGUGCUGCCGCCGAAUAUUCAAGACCGACCGCCGCGGUACAAGGGCAGAGAUGAGCUGGAGACAUUGUUGUCUAGCGACAACUUUCGGGACUGGAUCAAGAUCUCGGAGAUGUUCUUGGGCAAGGCGAAUGAGGGGUUCAGGUGGGAGCCGAAGCAUAAGAGUAAUGCUUAUGAUUCACAAAUGCAGGGGUGA